UUUCUUUCGUUUGACAGCCACCCUAGCUCACGUCGUAAAAUCAACAAACAGUGUGCUUUUUACUAGAAUUUAUGCCCGUGGGCAUUCACUUUCUGGGUUGGAAUUGUGAUUUUUCGAAAGUAUACACCACACCCCACCAGAAUAUUGAACACGGCAUCGCACGGUUGAACGAACAACGUAAGCAGUACAGAACUCUUUGUUGAAUCCAUCCAUCCGAGAGUAGCAGCAGCAGCAGCAGCAGCAACAGUGGCGCUGACGGUGGUUGCUGCGGUGCAGCCGAUAACAACGGUGCUGACUGCCGAAGAACAGGAACAAACACGCGCCCCUACGCCAGGGCGCUUGCGGCAGCGAAACAUGUCGAUUACCGAGUUUUUAAAAGAUCUGCCGUGCCACAAUGAGGAAAACUUUUCACUCUUCAAUACGGAAAACGGUGUGAAAACAUCCUCGAAAAGGCCUUCCGUAUACAUCCCCACGGUAGAUAUUCCUUCAGAGCAAGUAAUAGUCACCGACAAGAAGAACAUUUUGCUGCGUUACCUGCAUCAGCAAUGGGAUAAAAAGAACCCGCCCAAAAAGCGUGAGCUUGAUAAUGCCUCGAACGAUCUGCUACGUAAAAGACCCCGCCUCGAAACACGCGACAAUAACAACACGUAGACGAAGAUGGAAUGCUGCGGAAGCACACUAAAUUAGCGUACUAAAGGAAUUUAAUGAUAAGCGCAGGAAAGUCAGGACGGAAAGUGUACGGUUUGUGAGGAUUAUUUUGGAAGAUCAAGGCGUGAAAGCUUACGUGUAAUGUCAGGAUAGAAUAUCUCUCUCACUGUUGGAGCAAGAAAGGGUAGCAUUGUUUAACGAGCCAAGGUAAGAGGGUACCAUCUCAUCAAUACAGUCUCGAUACUGGUGUUAAUUUUCUAACCUGAAACAACACUCCGGUGAAAGGAAUGUAGUUAUAGUAAUCGUAUUUUUCAGUGCUCUCAAUAGAUGAAGCAUUUUAAGAUUUGUGAAAUCGUGUUCUUUGUGGCAGAAUGUCUCUAACAAGUUUGUGUGUAACUUCAUGUAUGAACUUCAGCUACACUAAAUUUAAGCCACAAACCAGGCAAAGCCAGUCUAGGCCAACCAUGAGAAGUAUGUUUUCUAAAGUGUAUUACAAAUGUGUAAUUCCCCAUUUUCGAGGAGUAACUGAGCGGUAGAAUAUCAACCAAUCAAGAAACCCACCAUCCGCUCUUCAUGCGAAUUAUCCUUUUCACAGUAUAAUACCAUUGAGCUCUUUGCGUGAACAUUAUACGUUCCCAACACAGGACAUCUAUAUCUAUGUAGCUUACUAAACGUUUAGCAGUAGAUCCUCCAUGCAUACAAUUUAUGUUGCAUUACAGUGAAAGCAUAGUAGAAACGAUCCACCUUUUUGGCAAUGCCGAUUAUCUAAAUUAUCUUCAAAUAGGGAAAGGAAAUAGUUACUGAAAUGUGGUACGAGUAAAGUGUAAUGAAAACUUCCAAAAGGCAAGUGUCACAAAACCUUCUUCUAAAGCUACUCAUAAAAAAGCAUUGAGAAUACCCCAUACGGAAACAAA